CCCGCUCAAUUAGAGUCCCUGAAGCGUGCCCCAAAGACCACACACGAGUUUGUCAGCUAGACGAUGGCGCAGCUGGUGGUACAAGGAGUGAUGAAGCAAGUCCUAAAGGAAGCUCCAGCCGGGGCUAGGGCAGUGCAGAGGGGAGACAACGUGACGGUGCACUGCACCGGGCACCUCCAGUCCACCAUGAAGAAGUUCUGGAGGUAGCAAGCUGACCACCUAAAGGAGGAGGUUUUGCUGUUGCUUGAGUAGAUAUACUUAUUUGCAUUCGAUUCACAAUUUUGUUAGCUCUGUUUUGCAGUAUCUAGAACAAGCUUUCCUCACUCUCUCUGCAGCACACGUGAUCCAGGUCAGAGAGUUUUCUCUUUUCAAGUAGGCAUGGGAAAAGUCAUUCAAGGUUGGGACGAUGGAUGUCUGACUAUGAAGAUUGGAGAGGGGGCUCGGUUCAGUCUGAGUGCAGAGAAGGCGUAUGGUUCCAGUGGAUUCCCGGCAUGGGGAAUUCCUCCCAAUGCACCUCUAGUGUUUGACAUCGAAAUUGUCUCCAUCUCCUGAAUGCUGCACACUGAAUGAGGACUGUGCCUAUACCACUUGCCUAUGUACUGACACUCAUGUUUGUGCAAGUACUAGAGAAGAGGUUUAUUUUGGUAACUAGCGAUGAAAACUAA